AUGCUGCCUCAACUUAGGGCACGUGUGCCCGCGGCUCUCCGUAGCCUGCGAUCGGCUGCGCCCGUUCGUGCUCUUUCGACUACCCUCCCCCGCUUCCAAAACGAAGAUGUCGGCCUUAACAAGGUGUCCAGCCACAUCACCCAGCCCAAGUCCCAGGGAGCUUCCCAGGCCAUGCUGUACGCUGUGGGCCUCAAGGAGGAGGACAUGAACAAGGCCCAGGUCGGAAUCUCGUCGGUCUGGUUCAAUGGUAACCCCUGCAACAUGCACUUGCUUGACCUUAACAACAAGGUGCGCGAGGGUGUGCAGGAUCAGAACUUGAUCGGUUUCCAGUUCAACACUGUCGGUGUCAGUGACGCCAUCAGUAUGGGUACCUCUGGUAUGCGCUACUCCCUGCAGAGCCGUGACCUGAUCGCCGAUUCUAUUGAGACCGUUAUGGGUGGACAGUGGUACGAUGCCAACAUCAGUAUCCCCGGUUGUGACAAGAACAUGCCUGGUGUCGUUAUGGCUAUGGGUCGUGUCAACCGCCCCAGUUUGAUGGUCUACGGUGGUUCCAUCAAGCCCGGUUGUGCUGUUACCCAGGGUGGUGAAGACAUUGAUAUCGUCUCUGCCUUCCAGGCCUACGGUCAAUUCAUUGCCAAGGAGAUCACUGAGCCCCAGCGUUUCGAUGUCAUCCGUCACGCUUGCCCCGGUGAGGGUGCGUGCGGUGGUAUGUACACCGCCAACACCAUGGCCACUGCCAUUGAGACCAUGGGUAUGACUCUGCCCGGUUCCUCGUCCAACCCUGCCAACUCUCAGGCCAAGUACCUCGAGUGUCUGGCUGCCGGUGGUGCCAUCAAGAGACUGUUGAAGGAGGACAUCCGCCCACGUGAUAUCAUGACCCGCCAGGCUUUCGAGAACGCCAUGGUGGUUGUCAACAUCACUGGUGGAUCUACCAACGCUGUUCUGCACCUGAUUGCCAUUGCUGACUCCGUCGGCGUCAAGCUGACCAUUGACGAUUUCCAGGCUGUCUCUGACCGCAUUCCCUUCUUGGCUGAUCUGAAGCCCUCUGGCAAGUAUGUCAUGGCUGAUGUCCACGAGAUUGGCGGUACUCCUGCUCUGCUGAAAAUGCUGCUCAAGGAGGGUCUGAUUGACGGCUCCGGAAUGACCGUCACCGGUGAGACUCUUGCCAAGAACUUGGAGAAGGUCCCCGACUUUGACGCCGACCAGAAGAUCAUCCGUCCCUUCUCCAACCCUAUCAAGCCUACCGGCCAUAUUCAGAUUUUGCGUGGCUCGUUGGCUCCUGAGGGCAGUGUUGGUAAGAUUACUGGUAAAGAGGGUACUUGCUUCACUGGCAAGGCUCGCGUUUUCGACAGUGAGGACGACUUCAUUGCUGCGCUGGAACGCAGUGAGAUCAAGAAGGAUGAGAAGACCGUUGUUGUCAUCCGCUACUGCGGUCCCAAGGGUGGCCCCGGCAUGCCUGAAAUGCUCAAGCCCUCUUCUGCUCUGAUGGGUUACGGUCUUGGCAAUUCAUGUGCCCUGAUCACUGACGGUCGCUUCUCUGGUGGUUCUCACGGUUUCCUGAUCGGCCACAUCGUCCCUGAGGCUGCCGUGGGUGGACCCAUUGGUCUCGUUGAGGAUGGUGAUGUGAUCACUAUCGAUGCCGAUAACCUGCGUCUCGAUCUCGAUGUGUCUGACGAGGUUCUUGUCGACCGCCGCAAGGAUUGGGAGGCUCGCAAGGCCGCUGGCAAGCUGCCUGAGACUGGACUGACCAUGCGCGGUACCCUGGGCAAGUACGCCCGGACUGUCAAGGAUGCCAGCCACGGCUGCAUCACUGACGCUGUAGAGUAA